CACGGACACGUUUCUUGGUGACACAAGGAAGAAAAGGUUUGAAACAGCGUGACUGUGUGCAAAGAGAACUGUAGCUGCAGAGGCUUGCUAGUAUAUUGCUGUGCCUCCAAUGCAAUGAAACACACAAAUUCAAAAAGGGGAGAAGAGUGUCUCUACCUGGACAUUUCUGACCAGAGUGAAGAGGCCAUUCUCCCUCUCCACACGUCCAUAACGCUCUUUCUCCUGUCGUACUGUGACUCCAAGUUAUUCCGUGUCUUCCUGGUUCCUUCUCGGCCUGACCCGGCGCAGUCAUGGAGGCACCGAGUGCCGGGGGGCCUGGCCGCCAGCGUCGUCUCCGAACAGGACCUGCCCGCGCUGGUGAGAAGCUGUUGCCUUCCUGCGGUGCUGGAGGAGGAGGGCAGGUAUUGCCGAGCAGGCCUGGCCGUAGUGCUGAGACAUAUCAUUCAGAGGACUUGCGAGGAAGAUCCCAGCCGCAAGGAUGUAGCGGCCCUGCUGGGCUUCAAAAAGACCUGCCUCAAAGCCUGUGCCGAAGUAAGUCAAUGGACGCGGCUCUGUGAGCUCAACAUCCCCUCAGCUGUGGAGGAAUUUCUCAGGCAGCCUGCAGGCCCAGAUCCAGAGAUACCCGCCGCUAUCUUGCGCCUGGAGAAGAAACUGGAAGAGCCCGUUAAGGUCCACAAUGACGACAAGAUCCGCCGGCAGAAACUGCAGCAGCAGAAGGAAGAGGCAGGCUCUGCCACCCAGCCUGCUUCAUUCCGGGAGUCAGUGAACUCGGAAGAGCUGGAGCUGAGGGCUGCCUUGGCCAAGCUGUCUGUGGAGGAUACACCUUUGUCAGCCACUAGGGGGCCCUCUAACAUCAGGAGAGUCAAGACCACUGAGCUGCCCGCCCUAGAGCAUGUGUUUGCAGAGGGGCUGUACUUCACCCUUACAGACCUUGUCCUGCUGCCUUGUUUGCACCACUUUCUGGUUUCCCUCCACCACCGUGAAAGUAAUAAGCUGGCACGGCUCCCUCUUUUGCAGCGGUGGUACCGCCGUGUGCAGGAAGUGCCGGGUGUGGCCAGGGCUGCGGGCACCUGUGGAAUCGGCUUCCUUCUCCUCCCGGACUCAGGGUGGCACCCAGCCUUGGAGAGCCGGGAGCUCUGCCCGCCCGAGCAGGAACCUGCAGAGAAAGCACAGGCACCCUUCAUUGGAGGCCCAAGGCCCACCAUGACCAAACUCAGAGAAUGUGGCAUUGAGGCUGUUUUCACUCCUCAUCCUUGUCCUUCAUGGACCCUGGAUUGGAACAGCCUUCCAACAGCUGUCAAUCCCACUGAAGGAAAAAUGUCAGAUGUCCGUGCUUUGAGGAAACAGCAGCAGUUGAACAACCUUGUUGCCAUGGUGACAAAAGCGGCCCAGCCUGGUGACACUGUAGUGGAUUUCUGCAGUGGAGGGGGUCAUGUGGGAAUUGUUCUUGCUCACACCUUACCAGAAUGCCAGGUUUUACUGAUAGAGAACAAAGAGGAGUCUCUGGUCAGAGCUAAGAACAGAUGCCGUGAGCUUGGCUUAAACAACAUUGGAUUCAUCCAGGCAAAUCUUGACUACUUCACUGGGCCUUUCCAAGUGGGAAUCCAGAAUUUUUCCAUGUUCCUGCCUUUUGUCUACGUUGUUACAAGUUUCUUCACUCUUGCAGUAAUGUUGGAAACUCUUUGGUCUCUAUUUUUUUUUGCAUUUUUAUUUUUCUGAUUCUUUAUUUCCAGCCGAUAUCUUUAAAUGCUCAAUAUGUUUGUAUUAUUUUUGUUCUCUUUUUCUUAGAACAGCAUUUGGACCAAACUUAAAUCGCAGCCCUUCAAUUGCAGAUUACAAACCCAGUAUUUGGUGCUUGGUUUCCUUUCAAAAAAGGCAAGAGGCUGAUAGCAAACACAAAGCUGUAAUAAAAUACUGUGUUUAUAAUUGGCAUUUCAGGGAUGGGUCAACCUUUUGACUUCAUCCAAGUCUUAAUCUUAAGAAUGCAUUUUGUCGCUUCUAUUUAUUUCAAAUGGUUUUCGCAUUUGAAAUAUUAUACUAUUUCGAUCUGACAAGGUACUCUGAUGUAAACCUAAAAAUAAUUUGUAAACAAGACUCAAUCUGUAAGUGCAGUUGUCAAGUGAGGCUUUGUCUUGUGCUUGGACGUAAACAAGCAAGCUAGGAGACAAUGACUUCAGGCAGAGGAACUCCUUGGGAAUGCAUGUCCUUACUUAACCCGGAGGGAGAAAAUGCUGUCUAAAGAGCUGUGGAUUUACAUUUACAUUGUUGCAGUAUAGACUGCACUCAUCAGCACUGGUUUAAUUCAGCUUAGAAGUAGGGACCUAAUAGGCAGACUUGAUAAAAGACCUCCUCUGCUCCUGCAUCUCCUAUAGCCUAACCAGUUCCAAAUACACUGACCAGUGGAAACAGCUUAGCGAAACUGUAAGGUGAUGUUUCCUAGGUAAUUGGCAUAUCCUCCCGGGCAAAAACUUGAAUAUCUUGGGUGAUUAUAGAUCACUCAGCUCUUCUGUCGCCUGGUUAACCUUCCAUGAGCAUUGACAGGUUCAAUAAAAAUGAACGACAUCUUCUGCGACUCUUUGUACUCUUUGAUGGUCUUUGUACCAUCAACACCUACUGUGCAAAGAUUGACAGUAAGCAUCGUGGUUCCUGUUUUUACUUACUCUGAUUUGGGAGUUCACUUUUCUUAUUACUACGGAAUAUUUUUGCUUUCUAAUUAUAUUCAAGGGGUCUUUUUUGCCCUGUUGUACUAUGAUUAUUUAUUGUUGUUACACAGAUACAUAAGCCACACUUCUAUCAAAACUACCAACAAGACAUUUUCUUGCCCAGUUAACGGAAACAACAGGCAUGGUACUGAUUGAUAUCUCUGAACUGUGAGAGCUGCUGACCAUGCAGAUAAUACUAAACAAAUACUGUAGGAAUUGGCUAUAGUAAAACUAGACCUGGAAUUGUUUUUAUAUUAAAGUAACUAGCGGCAAUUUGCCCUUUAUGCAGAGACAGUUUACAGUAGCUUAUCUCUGCUAUUACAGCAGUAUUUCCAAAGAAUGCAUAACAGUUCCAUCACACAAAGACAUACCCAGAACAAAUAUUCUAAAUUGCUCAGACGUUCAAAUCCCAGUGCAUUCGAAAAGUGAAGCUUUCACCACAUUCACCACAUCCCCAAGGUAAAGUAAUGGCGUUCUUACAAAAUCAUUAUGAUUUAUUUGGUGGCCUCUGGGCUUAGGAUAUUUUUCCAUAGUUAUUAAAUGUGUUUAUUCUAAACAUUGAACAAAAAAGUAUAACUGCAGUAAUAAUGAAAAUACAACCAAAUUGGGAAACUGCUGGACUGAAAUGUAAGAUAAAUGGCUGCUGACCAGUGUCAACUGUAAAAGGUCCUUGACUGAUGAGAAACAAAGCUCUCUGGCUGAGAGGUUAAGUGAAACGCAGUGCCCCCCUUUUGUAAUCAGCAGAUUGUUAGUGUUUUUUACUGGAAAACAAUCUGUCAGGGGCCAUUUAUAAGGAAUGUCACAUGGUUAAAAAUAAACAUGGAAAAGGAUGAGCCCAUACAUGUGUUUAUACCUUGUAUACAGUAUGCCAUUCUAUUCUAGUAGGAGUCAAAAGUACAGUAAGCCACAAAACUGUGGCUGGAAUUGUGUGCUUCAUGAGGUUUAACUAGAAAAUAGGAAAAACAGCAAAGAAAUCAGAUAUUGGGGCCAAUUUAGUGUGUUUUCAGUUUGGUUUGAGAUUAGCAAUAAACAUCUAUAUAGUAUACUGUAAAAGAACAGACGUUCUGUGUCCAAUAUUGGCAGUUUUUGAAGGGCACUGAAAAUACACCUAAUUUACUGAAAUAAGCAUUAGACGUGAUGCUUGAUUUUGGCAAAAUUGGAAAAAUGUUACAUUAGUCUCUGCAGCUACUCUAAGCAUAACAGAAGACCACCAGUACUGAGAAAAAUGUAUAGUCCAUUACACAACAUUGCCUUCUCAGUAGUUAACAGUGUCAGGAUUAAUUAAAGGAUGUUUCUAUAAAAUGGUAGGGUGGUGUGCUUUUCUUUCUUUCAUUACUUUAAACUGAAGUCAAAAGUUUUGUAUUGCUUGAAUUGUUAAUGAAAACAAGUGAAACGUAUUAACAAAUAGGCCUGUUUCCUAUUUUAUUCUUUAAUUUCCUGUUCAAAACAAACAAAAAGCAUUCGUAGCACAUACGUUCUGUUAUUUAAUAAUUGGCUGUUUGUUUGAAGUUCGAAGAUUGCAUUUGGUUUCUGCAAUCUGGUCUUCCAAAAUGUGUUCCUUAUUUCAACUGGUGAAGCAGGUAUUCUCUUUUCAAUCUGAUCUGCUGUGUAGUGAGGCUGCUGGUUUAAAAUGACUGUUGUAUAUCACCCAGGUGGAUGAUGCACCAUAGUGGUGGAUGAAGUUGGUCCCUUCCUAUAUGUCAAGUACUUUGUAAUCCUUUAGGAUGAACGGAUGAAUCCUCUAGUAAUUGUUGAAGCCCCCCAAAACGUGAUUUUACCUAAAUUAUAUUAAAAAAUCUCAAGCCACUUACAAGCAGAAAAAGAGCUUUAAUCACACAACAGGGAGUCUGUGUUAGAUUAAACUUCAGAAGAUUUAUUUUAGUACAAAGGAAGUUUAGAACAGUUGUGCCUUUUUAUAAUAAAAAAAAAUCACCAUGUGUGAAUGUGCUGGUUCAAGGAAUUAUACCCCAGAGUGUUCUGAAAUAAUUUGAGUAUAUAUUGCUGUUUCAAAAACCAGACACGUUCUGCAAACAUAUUUCUAUUUUCUAAUUUUAUUGGAAAUCGUUAUCACAUUCAGUUAUGAGAUUUGGUAAGUUUAAUGCCUGACAUCAUUUUUAUGACAUUUAUUUUUUUGGUCAGGAAUGCAGGGUUGUUUUUGACUGGAGUGACCUAAUAAUGAACAAUUUCAGUAUACCAUGACUGUUGUAAGUUAUUAUCAGUACAUUUUUUACAGAUUUUUACAGAUUUCUGUCUUUGAGAGGCUAAAUUUAAAUUGUGACGUAUCUCAGGAUGAGUUUUAAUUGUUUCAAUGUGAUCAAAUAUAAACAUAACAAAAAUGAUAUAAAUUCCCAGUCAUGUUUAUUUCAAGGGGCAUGUGUCAAAUGGUGCUUACUACACCUAAAAAGAAGUCAUUUGUUUGAUCAACAUUUUUUUCAAUUUGAUCACAGGCAAAUUUAUUUCAUCCUGCAGAACCUUCCUUACCUAAAAUAAACUGCUAUAUUUAUUUUUUAGGAAUCUGUGUAUAUGAUACAGCAGUGUAUUGCUCCGCAAAUUGCUCUGCAGUUUUUUUAUUUUGCUGUGUUGUUCAACUGUGAUCUUCAACUUUAUGGUUUCAGAUAAGAUUCCAGUAUUAUAUUGGGUAAUGUAUUGUUGUUGCUAUGAACAAUUGUUAUUA